AUGGUGAGUAGACAACUAGAACAAGUAUGUAAUGAGAUUAUUUUUCACUUCCCUAUCAAGUUCAAUCAUAUUGAAAUUGAAAAAAAAGGAGAGUUUAAUUUCAACUAUGAUGAUCCGGAUGACAAGGGCAUUAAUGUCCAAAUGACGGUUGAUGAAGAUGAGGAUAAGAAAGGAAGUAUUCGAAAUAGUAAUGGAGGGCUUCUCAUCACUGAAAACAUGCUGGAACAAAUGAAGAAUGGGGAGAUAAAGAACAAGGUGAAUAUGAAUGCUCCCAUAAUGGCUUUGGAUGAAUUAAAAACAAAUGAACCUGUGUCAUGUGCUGAAAAAGUUAGUGGGAAGAAGCUUAAUGCAGCAAACCUUAUUUCUAAGGUUAAGAAGAAUGCGGAAUUACCUGAUGGAGUGGUGGAAAUGCCAAUUUGUGAUAUCCUUAAAGGCUGCAGCCCCUUUAAGACCACCCUUUAUGGAUAUUUCAUUGACAAACAUGUUAAUUUUUUUAAUGUUAACAAGUUUGCUCACAACACAUGGAAAAAACAUGGAUUAGAGGAAGUAAUGGUGAAUGACGAAGGAAUUUAUUUUUUCAGAUUUAGCACUGAACAAGGCAUGAUUUCUGUGUUAGAGGGAGGAGUUUGGAUGAUUUUUGACAGUGCCCUUGUCGUUAGAAGAUGGACCACUGGUGUGAGCUCGGCCAAAGAUCAACAUGACAAAGUUCCAGUUUGGGUCAAAAUAUAUAAUGUUCCUCUUGAAUAUUGGAAUGGAACAGGGCUGAGUCAUAUUGCUUGGGAAAUAGGAAAACCACUGGAUGUUGAUGCUCAUACAGCAAAAAUGUGUCAAGAGCAUUGGGGAAGACCGGCCUUUAUGAGAAUUCUGAUUGAAAUGUCUGCUGCUAAGGAAUGGCUAAAGGAAGUUCAUGUAUAUUCGUCGGACCUUACUACAGGAGAAAGAAUUCUGUCAAGAUGCAAAAUUGAAUAUGCUUGGAAUCCUUCCAAAUGCUCUCAUUGCAAGGUUUAUGGGCAUAAAGAUAGUACAUGCGGAAUUUUACUUGCUAAGGAGGCCAAUGAUGCAGUGAAUUCUAAAUCUGAUGAACAUAAUAAGGAUGGCAACAAAGUUGAUUUAAUGGAAAUUCUUAUUGUGAGCACAAAAAAAGUUGAAGAAGAUAAAGAUGGGUUUCAAACAGUGGUCAAAAGAAAUAAGGGAAUAAAUACUGGAGAAAAAAUCAAGGAAGGAAAUGGAAUCAAAAAUCAGAAUGUUUCUCAAGGGCAUUCUUGGAAAAACCAAGGCAAUGGAAGGAAUGCGGCUAAAAGUACUGCUGAAAGUCAGGGGCAAAAAGGGAAUAGUGGAGAAAAAAACUCGGUUGGAAAUCAGGGGCAAAAAGGGAAUAACUUUGAAAAAAAUGGAUAUAGUUAUGGGGGCAACCAAUGGAUUAAGGGGGAAAAUAGUAAAAGUUCUAAUUUCUCGAGCAAAAAUGUUAAUGUUGGAGCUGGCACAGGUGGGAAUAAUGAUCUGGGGAAUUUGCAAGUUUCGGCUGCUCAUAAAGAUCCGAAUUUAUUUUCGGAAAAAAGAAAAAACUUUGGCAGUGGGCUGAAGUAUGUUCCAAAGUCCAGAGAUGAUUUUAAGAUUAGUUCUAACUUUGAUAAAAGCCCAAAAGUUGAAAAAAUUCAAGAUCCUGCGAUUAUUUUGUCCAACAACAAAUUUGAGGUCUUGAAGGAUUUGGAAGUGGAUAAUCAAAUGGAUUAUUCAAGGAAAAGUAUUCAAGAUAUUGAUCUCGAUUAUUUGGAUAAUGUUGAUCAAAUGGAAGUUAUAGGAGCUAUCCUUGAAUCUCAAGUUAGCUUGAAUAAACUUAAUGAGAAGUGUGAUAAAAUCUUUGGGAAUUGGAAGUGGACUGCUGUUAAGGGGAACUUAGGGCGUACUUACCGCAUUAUUUUGGGAUGGAAUCCGCUUCUUUUUUAUGUUAACUUGAUUGAUCAUAAUGAUCAAGUUAUUCAUUGUAAAGUUUGGUUUCCUUCAAACAACAAAUUUGUCUUUUGUUCCAUUGUUUAUGCUGCCAAUAAGUACAUUGAUAGAAGAGCUUUGUGGUUUUCUCUUGUGCAUCAUAAAAUUUUUGUGAAUGAAGAUCCUUGGAUUAUUGGUGGUGAUUUUAAUGUCACACUUAAUCCUUGUGAAAGUUCCGCUGGAUCUUCCAAAUUUACUAAAGGGAUGGUGGAAUUUCAUGAUUGCAUUAAUUCUCUUGAAAUUCAAGAUAUUAAUUGUAAUGGAUUGAAUUUCACUUGGAAUCAAAAGCCGAAAGGAUUAAAUGGAAUUAUGAAGAAACUUGAUCGUGUCAUGGGCAAUUGCAAACUUCUGGAUCAAUUUCCUUCUAUUUGUGCUUCUUUUCUUCCUUACGGGAUUUCUGAUCAUAGUCCGGUCAUCAUUAAAAUUCCCUCAAGAUCUAAAUUUAAGGUGCUUCCGUUUAAAUUCCCCAAUGUUCUUACCCUCUGUCCUGAUCUGAAAUUAAUUGUUGAAAGGCACUGGAACAUUGAUAUUCAAGGUGUUAAAAUGUUUAUUUUAACGCAAAAGCUUAAAAAUCUCAAAAAGCCAAUUCGCAAACUCUUAAAGAUGCAGGGGCAUUUUUCGGAUAAUGUUAAUCAUUACCGGAAAGAGCUGGAAGCGGUUCAAGUUGAAUUGGACAUGGAUCCGUAUAAUUCUCAUCUUCGCGAUCUGGAGGCAAUUUUUCUUGAAGAAUUCAAAAAAGCUCAUGAUAAGGAAGAGAAUUUCUUAAAGCAAAAAGCUAAAGUUCAAUGGCUAAAGGAGGGUGACAGCAAUUCAAAAUUUUUUCACAGAAUUGUUAAAGGGAAAAUGCAUAAAAACAGAAUAGAAGCUGUUAUGAAUUGUCAUGGAGAGUGGCUGGAAGGGGAGGCUGUUUAUAAAGAGUUUGUUGACUAUUUUCAGGAUUUUCUUGGAAAAGAGGUGACUUGUGAUGAAAUUUAUCAGCCUGAUUCUCUUUUCAUUAAAAAAUUGGAUCUUAGUGAUGCUGUUGAUAUGGUCAAGAUUGUUUCUAAUGAUGAAAUUAAGGCUGCCCUUUUUGACAUAGAGGAUGAUAAAGCUCCUGGUCCGGAUGGGUAUUCGGCUAAGUUUUUCAAAUCUAUGUGGACUAUUAUUGGAGAGGAUUUUUGUUUAGCUGUCAAGGAAUUUUUUGCUAAUGGGAAAAUCCUCAAGGAGAUAAAUUCUACUGUCAUUGCUUUAGUCCCUAAAGUUAAUUCUCCUGGGAAAGUGAGUGACUUUAGACCUAUUUCAUGUUGUUCUGUUAUUUACAAAUGCAUCAGUAAGAUCAUUGUUGGAAGAGUAAGAAAUCAUUUAGGAUCUAUUGUUGCUGAUAACCAAUCUGCCUUUAUUCCGGGAAAAUCCAUUACAGACAAUAUCCUUCUUUCCCAAGAAUUGGUUAGGGGUUACCACAGAGAUCGAGGUUAUUCUAGAUGUGCCCUUAAAGUUGAUAUCCAGAAAGCGUAUGACAUGGUGAAUUGGUCAUUUCUUCAAAAUAUCCUCUUUCAUUUUGGAUUUCAUCCGGUAAUGAUAAAAUGGAUCAUGCAGUGUGUUAGCUCCCCUUCAUACAUGAUUAGUAUGAAUGGAUCAUUUCAUGGUUAUUUUGAUGGAAAAAGAGCCUCGGUCAGGGUUAUUAAAGACAGCCUUGAUGAAUUUGCUAAAAUUGCUGGCCUUCAUCCAAAUUUUUCUAAAAGCCAUAUUUUUUUUGGGAACGUCAAGGCUGAUGUUAAAAGGAAAAUUCUUGACACUCUUCCCUUUGUUGAAGGGAAACUUCCAAUGAGAUAUUUGGGUAUCCCUCUCAUUUCUACUAGAUUGUUCAUACGUGACUGCAAAAGACUUGUUGAUAAAGUCCGAUGUAGAAUUGGUGAUUGGAGAAACAAAUAUCUCUCUUAUGCGGGAAGACUUCAGCUCAUAUCUUCGGUUUUAUUCUCCCUUCCUGUGUAUUGGGCUUCUUGUUUGCUUAUUCCGGCUUCUAUUACCAAGGAAAUUGAGAAACUGAUGAAGAAUUUUUUGUGGGACUAG